CUCUGCCCUAAUCCUCCCGCCGCCGCCGCCGCCGACGCCGACGCCGACGACGCACGUAGCAACCGCCGCGCCGCCGUCGCCGGAGAAGAGGAGGGGAGAGGAGCCAUGGGUCGCGUCAGGACCAAGACGGUGAAGAAGACCUCGAGGCAGGUGAUCGAGAAGUACUACUCGCGGAUGACCCUCGACUUCCACACCAACAAGAAGGUGCUCGAGGAGGUGUCCAUCCUGCCGUCGAAGCGGCUGCGCAACAAGGUCGCCGGGUUCACCACCCACCUGAUGCGCCGCAUCCAGCGCGGCCCUGUCCGCGGCAUCUCGCUCAAGCUGCAGGAGGAGGAGCGCGAGCGCCGCAUGGACUUCGUCCCGGAGAAGUCGGCGCUCGAGGUCGAGGAGAUCCGCGUCGACAAGGAGACCAUGGAGAUGCUCACCGCGCUCGGCAUGGCCGACCUCCCCGGCGUCGAGCGCCAGCCCGAGGUCUCCGCCGCCCCGGCCUACUCCCGCCCGCCCUACGGCGGCCCCCGCCGCGACCGCGUCUAGGUGGUCCUCCCAUCCCGCCGCCGCCGCCCAUGCCUCUCCUAGCUGCGCACUACUGAGUUUUAUGUUUAUCUUUAGAUCUAUGGUUGCUUCCAAGAUUUUUGAACUUAGCUGUGAUGAUGCUUUAUGUUACCAUUACCAUGGACAUGAAAUCUUUCUAUCGCACUGGUGAAAUCUAAGUGAUUCCAUAUAUUACCAUGAAA